UGUGGGUGCGUGACUCGGGCGAGCGCUCUAGACCGCUCUGGUGCCACUUCAUAGUUACAGGUGCCCAUCGCUGUCCACAUCAUGACUUCCUACACAGACAAGGGAGAAAAGCACGCUAAGGGCCGGUUCGUGAGAUUCCAUCAUGUGACCUUUUGGGUGGGCAAUGCCAAACAGGCUGCUGCAUUCUACUGUGAUAAAAUGGGUUUCGAGCUGAUGGCUUACAAGGGCCUGGAGACUGGCAGCAGAGAAGUGGUGUCUCAUGUCAUCAAACAGGACAAGAUAAUAUUUGCCUUCGAGUCCCCUCUAAAUCCUGGGAAUGAGGAAAUGGGAGAGCACAUGAUGAAGCAUGGUGAUGGGGUCAAAGACAUCGCCUUUCAGGUAGAGGACUGUGACUUCUUAGUCAAGACAGCUCAGGAAAGGGGUGCUGUCAUUGUAAGGACACCUUGGGUGGAGCAGGACACUCAAGGAAAAGUCAAAUACGCGGUCAUUCAAACGUAUGGAGACACAACACACACACUCAUAGAAUACAUGACACCCUACAAAGGUCUCUUUCUGCCUGGCUACAAAGAGCCCCUCUUCCGUGAUCCCCUGCUCCCAAAAUUGCCACCAGGCGGUCUAAGUUUCAUUGAUCACAUUGUGGGGAACCAACCAGAUGACGACAUGGUGCCAGUGUCUGACUGGUAUCAGAAGUGCUUAAUGUUUCACCGCUUCUGGUCCAUAGACGACAAGCAGAUCCACACGCAGUACAGCUCCCUCAGGUCCAUUGUGGUCACCAACUAUGAGGAGACCAUCAAGAUGCCUAUCAAUGAGCCGGCCCCAGGGAAGAAGAAGUCACAAAUUCAGGAGUAUGUGGACUACAACGGUGGGCCCGGAGUGCAGCACAUUGCCCUGAACACAUCCAAUAUCAUACAAGCUAUCGUAAACCUGAGGGCUCGGGGAAUGGAGUUCCUGGCCGCACCUGACACUUACUACGACAGCCUUCGGCAGAACCUCAAGGCGGCCAAGAUCAAAGUGAAGGAGGACCUCAACACACUGCAGGAGCUGAAAAUCUUAGUGGACUUUGAUGACAAGGGCUACCUGCUCCAGAUCUUCACCAAGCCUGUGCAGGACAGACCCACUCUCUUCCUGGAGGUCAUCCAGAGGAACAACCACUAUGGCUUUGGGGCUGGAAAUUUCAAAUCCCUGUUUGAAGCCAUUGAGAAAGACCAGGAUGCUAGAGGCAAUCUCACAGUGCUUACGCCAGAGGGAGGCUCCAAGAAGUUCCACUGACACAUCUCUUACACACGCACACGGUCCUCAUAAAUAGUGUUUAAUAUUUCCCAUGAAGUAGUGAAGGAAACUUAAAAAAUAUAUACUAUACACAGCUUGCAUCAACACUGCAGAUGGCUUCACAUGUUGAAGGUUUGUUUAAAUGUUUCUUGUCUCAUUAUGUGAUCUCUCUGGUCUAACAUUUUAAAAAAUAUUCCCUGCACAUGGCCUAAAUGUACAAAGCUGCCAAACAUAAGACAUCACCAAUUCUUCAAUAAAACCACUUUUCUCUCUUG